GAAAUGGACAGAGAAUGAACAGGAGCUCAGAAUUACAAGCCAGUAACCAGUGACAUUUAAAAUAGAUGAAGAAGAAGAAAGAACGCCUAUUCGCUUUACGCCUAUUGGCUUGUAGGAAUCUUUUCUAACCUAAAAAACAAUCAGUGCAAAUAACGCGACUUUUCACAAGUUUUUCCGAGUUUCCUGAAGAAAGAGUGUUUGUCUUGGUCUGAAAAUUAUGGACCAGGAAGUAAAGAAUCACCUGGCAAUGGAUGUUUUGGUGAAUAACGAGAAGGUGAAUGUGGAUCAGUUGUCCGGGAAGCUCAAUCUUCCUCUGCAAAAGUGCUCCUUGAAGCUGUAAGAUUGACUCAAGAGCUGCCUGGCUAAGGAGUUGGAGAAAAUAUCUCGGGAAUUUAUGAUAAAAGGGAUAGAUGCCAGAGGGAAUGGCUUUAUACGAAUUGUAACUGAGGAAACAUACAAGAAAUUGGACAAGGAAGGUACCACCAGCUUCCUCUUCAGUGUUGAGAAGAAUCGGCAUGAUGCCCUCUCGAAAAACUCCUACCAAUUGGGGAAUUCAAGCUUCAAGAGGAUCAAAUUGACUCCUCAGUAACAAUGUAAAGUUCUACUACCAGAAGUGGAUGGAGGAGCAAGCACAGGAUGGGAAGGGCAAGGCAUGGAUCUAUCCGGUCGCCACUGUGGAAGGGUGGUGGUGUCAGUCAUGGACCACGGUCACCCACGAGCCACUUCUAUAUGCUGCCCUAUUUUACGAGGGUCAUGGGACUUACAUCAACGCUGUCUGUAAAGUUGGCCCAGAAUGACUUGUUUGUGGUGGAAAAUCUCGAUAUUCCCGUAGAGGAUCCGAAGUUUGUGCAGGAACUGAUAGAUGCUCGGACUUGGGGACCGUCAGUGCUGAUAGUUGAUGAGAGUGAUAUUUUCCCUUACAACAUCACUGCAGCCACAGAACAAAUUCCUCAUGUUACUAUGAUGCCCCUGUACGGGCUGAAUGUCUACUCUAUGUUGAAAUAUCACACCCUGGUUCUCACGAAGGACGCUGUCCGGAAACUCGAAGAAAGAAUUCUCUACCAGUUCAAUCGAUCGGACAGCAGGGAACUCGUGAAGAAAUUCCGCGUUAGUCAGUGAAAAACAUUUUAAAAGGGCAACAGAAUUUAAUAAAGUAGUUUUCCAGAGACAAAUGUAAUCGUUUUAACUCCGCGGGUCUCUCUCCUUGGUCAACUUCUCCCGGAUUGACCAUCGCAGGUCCAGGUGCUUAUUUUGUCCAGGAAUAUUGUCUUUGAAGCUGUCCCACUCUUUCUGAUACUUCGAAUGCAUGGUUACGGGAUCACUUUUUGUUUUUGGUCGCGUGACUUUCGGGCGAAUCCCUGGAAAACAAAUUCCUGGUUACCAUGUCUCCUUGGCCUUUGACCCUAUUUCCCACUGCCCUAUAUUUCACCUUCUCUGCAGAAAAAUACUUACACAUCUUGCUUCUCGAAUUAACUGAUUCCGGACGCGAUGGCUGAAGAUUUUCACUCUGAACUUCGUCCUUCUUUCUUUCCGGACGAUGCACUUUGGCCAAGAAGCUCAAUGUUGGUGCUCUAUACAGCAGCCCCUGACGAUGCUUCUGGGCACAUGAGCACUUUGUGGAUUUGCAUAUUUUGCACUGAAGGGUGUCGUAUUUAAUUAAUUUCUUCAAAUCUGCGGCAAAAAGAGGAAAAUUCAAAAGGAUUGAGGUUAUGAAUAUCUUUUAGAUUUUCACAAGUUUUUCCGAGUUUCCUGAAGAAAGAGUGUUUGUCUUGGUCUGAAAAUUAUGGACCAGGAAGUAAAGAAUCACCUGGCAAUGGAUGUUUUGGUGAAUAACGAGAAGGUAAGGUGUUUUCCACAUUUUUCAAGUGCGGUUUUGGCAAACAUUUUGUCCUUUAGGUGAAUGUGGAUCAGUUGUCCGGGAAGCUCAAUCUUCCUCUGCAAAAGUGCUCCUUGAAGCUGGAAGAUUGGAAGAAGUCCUCAGACAUUCCAUGGACAUGUCCUCGGACAUUCCAUGGACAUGUCCAUGGAAUGUCCGACAUGUCCAUGGACAUGUCCAUGGAAUUUCCGAGGACAUGUCCAUGGAAUGUCCGAGGACAUGUCCAUGGAAUGUCCGACAUGUCCAUGGACAUGUCCAUGGAAUUUCCGAGGACAUGUCCAUGGACAUGUCGCCAUCCUCUUCAACUCCUUCUCCGGAGGCGACAUGGGCACACUCCCAUACCCAGAAAUCCUCCUACGCUCCACCAAAGGCACAGAAAUGGACAGAGAAUGAACAGGAGCUCAGAAUUACAAGCCAGUAACCAGUGACAUUUAAAAUAGAUGAAGAAGAAGAAAGAACGCCUAUUCGCUUUACGCCUAUUGGCUUGUAGGAAUCUUUUCUAACCUAAAAAACAAUCAGUGCAAAUAACGCGACUUUUCACAAGUUUUUCCGAGUUUCCUGAAGAAAGAGUGUUUGUGUUGGUCUGAAAAUUAUGGACCAGGAAGUAAAGAAUCACCUGGCAAUGGAUGUUUUGGUGAAUAACGAGAAGGUAAGGUGUUUUCCACAUUUUUCAAGUGCGGUUUUGGCAAACAUUUUGUCCUUUAGGUGAAUGUGGAUCAGUUGUCCGGGAAGCUCAAUCUUCCUCUGCAAAAGUGCUCCUUGAAGCUGUAAGAUUGACUCAAGAGCUGCCUGGCUAAGGAGUUGGAGAAAAUAUCUCGGGAAUUUAUGAUAAAAGGGAUAGAUGCCAGAGGGAAUGGCUUUAUACGAAUUGUAACUGAGGAAACAUACAAGAAAUUGGACAAUGAAGGUACCACCAGCUUCCUCUUCAGUGUUGAGAAGAAUCGGCAUGAUGCCCUCUCGAAAAACUCCUACCAAUUGGGGAAUUCAAGCUUCAAGAGGAUCAAAUUGACUCCUCAGUAACAAUGUAAAGUUUUACUACCAGAAGUGGAUGGAGGAGCAAGCACAGAGUCUCAUUGAUGCCACAACAGCAGCUUUCAAGGCCGGAAAAAUUGUCCAGAAUCCCUUUGCACAGCCCCCACCAAAGGGGGUAGCCAUCCCGCCGCCCAACACCCUUGCACCGCCUCCGCGGCAGGGCAUGAUGACUGGAAUUCCGGGAAUGCCUCAGAUUUUAUCUGUAAAUUCCAACUUUAUUUUCUGUUCAAUAAAAGAAAACAUCCGGAUGCUUAUCUAAGAA